CUCGCCUCGCCUCGGCCAUCGGAUCAUCGCCAUGCCGGCGCGUGGUGCCACACCCAAAGUGGAGCGGCCUGACCGGGCGGAGGCGGCACGACAGAGGUUGGCGGCCAAGACUUCUGGGUCACGACGCACAGGUCCUUUGCUGGGCGCUUUACCUGCACCCAAGACGCUGGUGGCGGGUCGCAGCAUGGCCUGGAUCAUGUGGGCUGCGAUGGUGUUGAACUUGGUUGGAGCGUUAGCCCUCGGGAAGGCUAUCAUUGCAGUGUUUGGACACCUUGUCCAUGCAGGAUACUAUGCGAACUUUUCGCGCAGUGACCUUGCGUUUCAGGUGCGGGUGGUGUGCUUAGUCUUGACGGUGCUUGGGGCAGUGGUGCCAUCCAUCAGGCUCGCACUAUACAUGAUGCUCUUGGCUCUAGUCGUGACUGAAUUGCUGCUGGGUUACAACGCUGUGGAACGUGCGCUCUACUUGCUUCCCUUCAAUCGACGAGAGAAUCCCGAGGAGUUCUCCAUUGACUUCUUCAUUCGUGCUUUCACAGAAGCACCAAGCAAGAGUGGGCAGGCUGGAAGCAGCUUUUCCAUGAAGCCCAAGGCUAGUGGCGCAGAAGCGCUCGGUGCAGUGAGCUCAAAGAAGAGCAAGAAGGGAUAGGAGUUCGAUCCGCGAAAGUGACGUAUAGGGGCCUUAUAAAGGAGUUUGAGGAUGAGGAUAC